CACAUCCUGUGUACAGAUGAGGAAGUUGUGGGCUCGGCCCUAUGCGUGUGUGUACAGACAGUGCUUGAGAAGUGUGAGGGUGUGUGGUGUAUUUGGUCAUGCAUAGGAAAAUUUGUUUCUAAAGACAAAUAACGCAUUUUUGAGAGUCAUGCUUCAGAGGAGAGCUUCAAAUGCCUCAGAGAAACCAAGGAAUAAGCCAAAGCGCUCUUAUAGCUUUGGCAGGUUCGACACGUCCAAAAAUCAGUCCAAGCCGGAGGAACAUGAAAGCACUUUGGGACAGGGUGCUGAUGGCGAAUCAGGCGAGGGAGAUCAUAUCAAAGGGGGAUUAGGGAAGAAGAUGAAAGCCAUCUCAAUGACCAUGCGCAAGAAGAUGGGGAAGAAAUAUGCCAGAGCUCUGUCAGAGGAAACGGGGGAAGGUGUAGAUGGAGACCAGGAUGCUGAAGGAGUGGCUAAUGUGAGUGAAGCUCCAGCCAAAGACAGCACAAAGUCCAGUAACUCAGUGGAAAGUCUCUUCAGUCUCCACAGCGCCCAAAGCUCCACCAGUAGUGGCAUCACCAGUGGCUCUGAGGGCUCGUGUAAUAGAGACAGUCUGAGGCUGGAGGAGGAAGUCCCUGACACCAUUCAAUUCUGUGGCAAAGCAAAAGUUCACACCGAUUUCCUCCCGAGCCCAUACGACACAGAGUCUCUAAAACUCAAGGUUGGAGACAUGAUCGACAUCAUCAGUAAGCCCCCCAUGGGCAUAUGGACAGGGAUGCUGAACGGCAAAGUGGGCAGCUUUAAGUUCAUCUAUGUGGACGUCCUGGCUGAGGAGCCUGCUCCAGUGCACAGGAUGGGAAACCACAGGAGAAGCAGAAGACCUCGACCCAAAACGCUCCAGGAGUUCCUUGAGAGAUUGAACCUAGAGGAGUUCAUGUCCUCCCUGUUGCUAAAUGGUUAUCAGACGGUAGAAGAUCUGAAGGAUCUGAAAGAACAGCACUUGAUUGAGCUGAAUGUGACUGAUCCUGAGCACAGACACAAAUUGCUGGCAGCUACCGAGUAUUUACACGACGUGGAGUCUAAUAGUCAGAGAGAAGGGGAAGGUGAGGAAGCUCCCAAAUCUCCGAGCGCAGUGGUGAAAGCUGAGCCGAACAACUGCCCCAGAGACUCUGGCUGCUACAUCGCCUUGGACUGCUCUGACAACAGUAAAGAGGACGCAGAGAGCCACCUACCUGCAUCUCUGUCCCCAUCACCAGCUGAGGUGUAACCGCAGUGUAUUCCUGUGCCUAGUGAAUGUGACCUACAUCUCACAAACAACAUAGCCCUCGUGCAAAUGGGUCAGCGAUCAAUCUGUGUUAAUGUCAGGACCUUACUUUAGUUGUUUUUAGCGUGAAUAUGCAACCUCCGUUCCAUUUUGAGCUGUCAGACAAUUGUGCCAUGAUAUAUAGAAAUACAAUUAUUCAUAUGGAGUGUGUGCGUGUGUGUGUGUGGGGGGAAUUAUUCACAUAGAUCACUCCUUUCAACAUUCAUCUGUGACUGUAAAUCAGAAAGAACAAAAGCACUGUAAAUAUAAUGUAAAUAAUAUGUAAAAGAAAUAUAUUAUGUAUUCAGUGGAUGAAUAAACGUCCUAAAUAAACUUGAUAUAGUUUCUGCAAUCAACGCACCAUGUUUUAAUUAUUGUUAUUAUUUUGUGUGUGUGUUUUAAAUCGUUUCCAUAAAUUGCACACAUGCUCUUUUCUGUGGAAUGGAUCAAUAAUGCUGGUACUUUCAGUUUCAAAAAGUUACACACUGCAGCUUUAAUCUCAAUCUCAAUUACUCCAUUUCACAGUAAAGGGUGAGUGUGCGUGUGUGUGUGUGCUAUAACUAAGUGAUUUUAAAUAAACCUGAUAUAUGUUCUACAUUUAUUGCUUUAUUUUUGGGUGGGCU